UGUUGCUUCACUCGUCCGCGUCAUAAGCUGCUGCAUGAAAGUCUUAGAGUUUUCGUAUAAUGAUCAUUGCUAGCUGACUUUUAAUUAUUAAUUUUUAUUUAAAAAGUACUUGUUGAUACGACUGCAACAAACAAUUAAAAAAUAUGGCGGGCGUUGAAGAGCAAGAAAAGUUGUUAGAAGAUGCAAUUGGAGUUGUCAAAGUACAAGCACUGCAGAUGAAACAUUGUUUAGAUAAAGCAAAAUUGAUGGAUGCUUUGAAACAUGCUUCGACGAUGUUGAGUGAAUUACGUACGUCACUGCUCAGCCCUAAAAGCUAUUAUGAGUUAUACAUGGCAAUCACCGAUGAACUUAGGCAUCUGGAACUUUACUUGUUGGAUGAAUUUCAGAAGGGCAGGAAGGUGACAGAUUUGUAUGAGCUGGUGCAAUAUGCAGGCAAUAUUGUUCCGCGAUUGUAUUUGUUAAUCACAGUUGGUAUAGUGUAUAUAAAAACUAAUCCGUGUCUGAAGAGAGAUGUGCUGAGAGACUUAGUCGAAAUGUGUAGAGGUGUCCAGCAUCCAUUGAGGGGUUUGUUUUUGAGAAAUUAUUUACUGCAGUGCACCAGAAACAUUUUACCUGACAAUCCUGACGACAGUAAUUCCGAUGAAGGUACAGUUCGCGACAGUAUAGAUUUUAUUCUGAUGAACUUUGCAGAGAUGAACAAACUUUGGGUUCGCAUGCAACAUCAAGGUCAUAGCCGCGAAAAGGAGAGAAGAGAACGCGAAAGGGAAGAACUUAGAAUUUUAGUUGGUACUAAUUUAGUUCGUCUUAGUCAGUUGGAGUCUGUCACGUUAGAUAAAUAUACAAAACUUGUGCUUCCUGGGAUUCUGGAACAAGUGGUUAGUUGCAGAGAUGCAAUUGCGCAAGAGUACCUUAUGGAAUGUAUUAUCCAAGUGUUUCCUGAUGAAUUUCACUUACAAACAUUGAAUGCUUUUCUAAAAUCUUGUGCAGAGCUCCAAAAUGGUGUAAAUAUUAAAAAUAUAAUUAUUUCUCUGAUUGAUCGUCUAGCAGCUUUUAGUCAGAGAUCAGAUGGUGUGGGUGGUUCAGGAAGUCCCAAUCAAAUGUCUGGAAUCCCACAAGAUAUUCAAUUGUUUGAUGUAUUUAGUGAUCAAGUAUCAACCAUUGUACAGACAAGACAGGAUAUGCCUUUGGAGGACAUUAUAUCAUUGCAAGUAGCAUUAAUUAAUUUAGCUCACAAAUGUUACCCUGAUAGAGUGGAUUACGUAGAUAAAGUGCUUUUGAAUACUCAUCAGAUAUUUCAGAAAAUUCAAACGGAAACUCUGGAAUUCAAUAGUGCUGUUUCAAGAGAAUUAUCAAGACUUCUCAAAAUACCAAUUGAUAAUUACAACAAUAUCUUAAUGGUACUGAAACUGAAAAAUUACCGUCCACUGUUAGGCUAUUUUGAUUAUGAAGGAAGAAAGUUAUUAGCUACAUAUAUAGUAUCUAAUAUUUUGGAUUACGAAACUAUGAUUCCAUCCCCAGACCAAGUAGAUGCAAUAUUGCUGAUGAUUGCUCCACUCAUUCAAGAUCAGGCUGAUCAUACAGUUGAGGAUGACCCUGAGGAGUUUGCAGAAGAACAGGGGCUGUUAGGUAGACUAAUACAUUAUUUCAAAUCAGAUAUUGCUGACGAACAAUACAUGAUUCUCAGUACAGCGAGGAAACACUUUGUUACUGGAGGCAGUAAACGAGUUAGGUAUACACUUCCUCCAAUUAUAUUCCAAGCAUACCAGUUGGCCUUCACUUAUAAAAACCUAGAAGCUGAAGAUGAGAUGUGGCAGAAGAAGUGUCAGAAAAUCUUUCAAUUCUGUCAUUCAACAAUCACAGCACUCAUCAAAGUUGAAUUGGCUGAGUUACCUCUUAGAUUGUUUUUGCAAGGAGCUUUAGCUAUUGGUGAGAUCAGAUUUGACAAUUUUGAAAUGGUUGCUUACGAGUUCAUUAGUCAAGCCUUUUCAAUUUAUGAAGACGAGAUUAGUGAUUCAAAAGCACAGUUUGCUGCCAUCACAUUGAUUAUUGCAACAUUUGAACAAAUGAACUGCUUCAGUGAAGAAAAUGCAGAGCCUGUAAGAAAUCAAUGUGCCUUAUAUGCCAGUAAACUUUUGAGAAAACCAGAUCAGUGUCGUGGUGUUGCCACCUGUUCUCACAUAUUUUGGUCUGGCAAAUCUCUGAAUACAGAAGGAAAAGAAAUGCAAGAUAAAACUAAAGUAUUAGAUUGUCUGAAGAAGGGUAUUAGAAUAGCUAAUCAAUGUAUGGAUAUUUCUGUACAAGUUCAAUUGUAUAUAGAACUAUUGAAUCAUUAUAUAUACUUCUAUGAAAAGGGUAACACAGCUGUAACUGUACAAAUUUUAAAUCAAGUGAUAUCCAAAAUUAAAGAUGAACUUCCCAAUUUGGAAAUCAGUGAAGAAACAGAACAAAUACAGAAGCAUUUUGCAAAUACCUUGGACCACUUGAAAAAUAGAAUAGAAUCUCCAGAAGCAGGGCAAUUAUAUGAUGGGCUUAUUUUACAAUGAAUCGAAUAAUGUUAAUUUGAAAGAGUUGUUAUUAAAUUGUUUAACAAAAAAUGUAAGAAUUUCACAGGAAAAUCAAACAUUUUUUUAGCAUGAAACUUACUUUGACGUCAAUUUAUCGAUAUUGUACAAAAUUAAAUUUAUGUAAUUGUUUUUAAAUUAAAAUAUAAAGGUAAUAUCUUCGAUGUAAAGGUAAUAUCUUCAAACUUAAUUUUAUAUUUAAAUAUAUUUUAUUUCAUCAUAUGAUGUAUACAAUAGAACUUUUAA